AUGCGAGAGUUUGUGGAGAUUACAGACUUGUUUUCUUCACUUAAAGCAACGUUAGCUUACAUAUAUGGUCUUUCAGAGAUUAGAUUAGAAGUCGGGGAUCAACGAAAAACCUCUCUGUAUUCCCUGAUUAAGCUCUUUAAUAUGAAUUUUCUAUUGCUUGAAACUGAAAAGCCUGUAAAGCUUGUUAAUAGGAUGGCUGGUGAUGCUCUCAUUCAGUUAUAUCAUAAUUUCAUCACUGAUUUUGAGACCAAGAUCAAUCUUCUCAAGCUUGCACAUUUCGCCGUCAUUGUUUCUCGGCAGUAUUCAGAGAAAGAUGCUGCCAUUAGUUACCUGGAAGAUGUGAUAGAAAAGCUUCAGGCUACUAGAGAAAUGCGCAUUGAGGAACCAAUUCUUUUUAUAAAGAUGCAAAUUGCUAUCUUUAAUCUUGAGAAAGGCAGCCAAAAAGAGUGCAAGAAACUUCUUGAAGACGGGAAGAGUACGCUUGACACUAUGACUGACAUCGACCCAUCUGUGUAUGCCAGCUAUUAUGAUAAUAACCCGAAUUCCAACUGCAACUGA